GUGAUUGGCAGCACCCACCUGGGCCCUCUGGCAGAACGAGGAUCAAAUGCCAGCGAGAACAGCGACAACUUCAUCACUUGACUGCCAAUAGUCUUCACGAAUAAGUGUAGGAUAUUUCAUCUUCUAGCAAAGAAGCCUGGUAUCGGUUCAACAUUCGCCCCGCCCCCUUACUACAGACUAAAAGAUGUGACCCUCGUGCCAGUAUUUGUCUGGAUUACUGCUGUGGUGGUGGUGAGGAUGGCGACGGCACGCGUGGGGUGUGGAGGCGGCGUGUUGGAGGUGGAUUUGUUGCUGAUACUGGUGGUGGUCGUGGCGGGGGUUGUGUGUAGCGAGCUGGAUGGCGCCCCCUCUGGCGGUAGUGGAGGCAGAAGUACAAGCAACACGUCUGGGUUCUUCGUCAUGGGCAAAUCGUGUGGAGAGGUGCGGGCCGGCCGGAACAGAGAGAUGGUGAAGUUUCUAUUUGUGGAAAAACCAGUAUGGCUCGAGACGACGACCAACGCCACGCUCCAGAGUAGGAAUGGAAGAGACUGUGACCUGGAGGCCAGUGUUAUCUACAAGGUGAGACGCUCGAAUACCUUGGACGUGGUCGGGGAAGACCUUGAUACCAUCUUGUGUAGCUACCCUCGGGACACAGACCUCCAGCUCUUGAAGGAUGAGGUUUACGUUUCUUGCAUACAAGAUAAGGAGAGUGCUGAGGAGGAGCUAAUAAGCAUCAUGGUUGAUUCUGCCAGAGGUUCUGGGCCAGCCACAGCGCCUACGAGUGGAUUAGGACAUACUACCGAAGAACUACUUCAGCCUAGAGGUCCAAAACAGCUUAACUUUGACACAAGUAUCGGCAAAGAUCAGACAACCACACCGGGAAUAACGGAAACAUUCCAACUGACUAAAGAUUGGCGAAUGUAUGUGACACCAGAAAUAUUGAGUGAAGAUAUGAUAACGUCGCAAGAAACGGCUGUUCUUGAAUCAACAAGUUAUACACCAGACAAGUGGGAAGAAACGGAAGGAAACGAAAAUAAUUUAACUUCUGCUGAUGAGGUAGAAGGAAUUGGUAAUCCGACUGUGCUAAAUGCCUUUACUGUUGGAUAUGACACUCAAUUGUCAUCACAAAAUUCGUCUGAAAUGAAUGAACAAGAAUCAAGUGAGCAUUUACCAUACUUCAUAGGAGCCGGAACGGGGGUUGUUUUACUGGUGAUAGGCAUUAUAGUCAUCAUAUAUAUUGUGCAGAAGCGGAAACCGAAACGAAAAGCAGAAGAAAACAUAGAAGACUUCUUCAUUGUCGGGUCUACUAACGGACAGGAAGAAAAAGACGGGUACCACAAUGCUGAGAUCAUGAUGUACUCGGGUGGUGAGCGGGAAGAGGCUGUAGAAUCCUUUGAGUUGGAGGAGAGAAUACUGAAGGGCCCAGUCUCUUCCCAUGAGCUAGACACACCAAAAUGUCUGCGGGCUGAACGAAUCCAGGCCUCAACUUGUGCCAAAGGCGUCAAAUGAAUGUCGAGUGGGGUCAGGUAUACAGUAGAAGGGUUUUGAUGUACAGUCAAUUAGAAAGCAGACAGAAUAUUGAAGUUCUAGAGGCAGGAUCAAGCAUAAAAGUUGGUGUUUACAGCACAUGCUCAGGAAAAAUUGUUUGAGAAAUAUAUACUAGAUUUAGAGAUAUAGUAUUUUCCUUGUAAAAUGUCAAUAUUUAUAUUGUAUAUUAUUUAAUAAAUAAAGUAAUCGCAUACUUUGCGUCAUUAACUAAAAUAAUCGCAUACUUUGCGUCAUUAUAUAAUGGAAUAUGUAAAAAAAUAGCUAAUGUUAAAUGUAACGCCACCAAUGGUGUACACGAAAUGUGUAAGUAUGUCAUUAUGAGAGUGUACUCGGAGUGUUGGCGAAGUGUAAAGGUGGUGCCCAUUUGAGUGUGGCUCACCAUAAAUGUAAAAAGGCCUGUAUAAACUUGAGGCUCUUGUGAUAUAAAAUGUAUAGAUAUGUAUUUGUGUACAUUGAUGUAUGUAAUCGAAAUCUGCUAUGAAAUAGGCUGAAAGAUUGUGCAUUGUUAGCUGUAUGUGCUUGAGGAUAAGUUUACGAACAGAGCUGUUUUCCCUGGUGGGAGGGAGGAAGAUAAAGCGUGUCGUAAAUGUUACUAAUCACCCUGAAGACUGUACCCCAUAACAGACAUGGGACCGAUAGGUUGCAGACUUAGAAGCUGGUGACGUUGUAGGUGUUGAUCAGGUAUAUGAACGAUGAUAUUGACUUCAUAGAGGUAUGCACGUCGGAUCACUGCUAGUUUGUAUGUUUAGGUAGUUGAAAUUAAGCAUUAAUACGUAAUAAAUGUAGUUUCAUAAGCAUUGUGUGAUCCCGCCAAACCUUGUAUUUAUGAACGAAUGUAAAUGACUCCAAUGAAUAAAUGUAAAUGAUUGUAAAUGACACCCACUCCAAAUAAUCAGCAAGAGUACUUGUAUAGUGAUCCUGGUUUGGUGCCUUUUGAUAAUUACUAUAAGUAUAUAUGCACAAAAUGGUAAUAUAUGUAAUUUAUAUUUGAGAAAAGUAGCAUUUUGAAUGAACAGCAAGUAAAACUAAAGAAAUAUUUAUGAACGGUAAGGGGGUCGAACACUGGAUGGAUUGGACUUGACGAAAGUACGGGUUGGUGAUCCCUUACCUUUCCGGUAAUAAAAAAAAAACUUUAGGUGUACAUAAAUGAUCAAUCGUGUAUUGUGAUAUGUAAAUGUUAGAUAUUGUAGGUAUAAUAUGUAAUAUACGCUUAUACUUGAUUAUAUUAAAGUAUACCGAAUAA